AUGAGAUCGGCCGCCGCUGCUACUGCCGUCAGCCGCCUGCAGCUCCUGGAACACCGCGCUUCCAACGCGGGCGAGGAGAUGGAGCUGGUCCGCGCUUCCGGGGCGCUUCGCGUGGAGACGUCGCGGGCGGACGUUCGGAGGAGCACGGACGCUCUUCGCAUCGCCGAGCGCUCGCUGUCGCCUACGUCCGCCGGCUCUUCCGGGCUGCCCCAACAAGCGCCUUCGUAUUCCGAGAUUGUCCGUGGAUCGUCUUCAAGCACUUCGGAACUCGAGAGCGGGAGCCUCGGGGAUCCCGGGCGGCGGGCCGGCCGCGCCACCUCCCUUAAGCCGCCGGCCCCGGCCUCCCCCCCGCCCACCCCGGUGGCGCUGCCGGCGAGGGCCGGGAACGAGGGCGCUGCACCCCGUUCUUCGACUUCUGGAUCGGCUGACGUGGCAUCGGGGAUUUCGCGCUCUUCUCGGGCGGGGAAUUCUUCGGCUGCGUCGAUCCAUGAUCUCCCGCCCCCCGCUUCUCCGAGGGCGGGCUACCGUCGUAUGGGUACCGCCGCCUCGGUGGCCGCUGCCGCCGCCGCCGCCGCCGCUGCCCCGUCUGCGGCGACGCCCGCGGCCGCUGCCCCUGCUGCGUCGGCGCCGCGGCAGCGCACGGGCUUCAUCACCACGCACCACGCUUCAGCAACUUCAGCAGCGCCGUCUCCGGAAACGGCGGGGAAACGGCGGGGAGGAGCCCCCCCCUCGGGCCGGCGCUCCCCGGGCAAGGGCGCCGCCGGCCACGCGGCGGGCCGGCGUGGUGGUUCAUCGUCACGAUCCUCCGCCGGCCGACGCGCGGCGGGGGGGUGUUGUGAUUCGCCAUCCGGAGCUUCGACCUCUUCACCGGAUCUGGCGCCUUUUCUUCGUGGCCAGGCGUCGCGGCCGUCUUCGGAGACCGAGCCACGGGCGACGCGUGCACCCCGGCCAGGCGAGGAACCUCGGAAGCCGACGACGUCGCGGGACCAAUACGCGCGGCUUCUCCGCGGUGGACGGGUUGCCUCGGGUCGGCCACAGCACCCCCGCGGGCGGCAUUGGUCCGACAAUCUCCAUGUUCCGCGUGACACCCUUUCCGGUGAGAUCGGCAGGAGGACGCUGCUGGACGAACAGCUGGGUAUUCGGCUUCACGACGCAGAACGGGCGUGUGACGGGUUGGGAUGGACGGACCCCGGGUUGGAGGACGCCUACGCGCAGGCCCGCUCGGACUUCAGCGACAAUCGCCGCCGCUUGUGGGAGCUCGAAGACGCCUGCGAUCGGCGUGAAGGCCGAGCGCAUGCGUGGGGUCCUCCUCGCGAUUGGGAAAUGCUGCGGGCGGUGGAAGCGGCAGCGGCGAACGAUCGUCGGGAGCCGCCGUCGCCGGUUCGAAAUGGUCAGCACGAGCGCCACGGUCGAACCAACAAACGCUCGCGGCGACAGCACAACCGCUCCUGCCGCGAGAGUUCUUCUUCCUCUUCGUCGUGGUCGUCGGACGGGUCGGGAGACGACAGGGAUGAAUGGAGGGCGCCGCGGCGCCGGUCGGAUCCGGCGGAGCGGGAGGCCGUGCAUCACAUCCGGGUCUUGAGUUCUCGCCGGCAGGGCGACGCGAGUGAUAGGGGAAAGCAGACCACGGGGUCGGGGGGGGGAGGAGACCGCGGGCGUCAGCGUUCGGGGGAGGACGAGAGGGAGCGCCGACAGUCGUGCGAGGAUGUCCAUGCCACCGCGUGGGCGCCCGAGUGGACGUCACUCCCACAGCAAUUUCUAGUGUGUUGUGCAGCUGCAGAGAGCGGGGAGGGCCCGGUGAACAAAAUCUUGUCCAUCGGCCGGGAUUUGAAUGAAACCAUAAGCGACAGAAACCUCGACGGCCCACAAGGAUUCGCCGAGCUCGUCAGCCAACUGACGAAGCGCUUUACCAGCUUCCAAGCCAGCUCCAUCCCGAUCAUGCUGGCACAGUUUUCUGUUCCAAUCAACACUCCUUUACAAGAUUGGAUCAUCGUAUCCACCGCCAUCGAAGGGCUAGCGGUACAGUACCCAGAAAUCUCAUUAUUCGUGAGACCCAUGUUGAAGCAAGCGGUGACGUUAGCGGAUAUGUGGCGGUGCUUUCGGGAAGCCGAGAUAGAUGAAAGCAACGCUCUCGCCCGCGCGCCUCCUAACAUAGGAGCGGUGUCAACCCGCUCAUCUACAGCACACUCUAGUCAACCACGGGUCCAAGCGGUAGUACGUUGUCGUUCGUUGGACACCUUGCCCUUGGGGCGCGAGUAUGAGCUAAGCAGUGACGAGGAAGGAUAUCAACGCAUUUCCCGGCACUUGUACCCUGUGCUCGGGAAGGGGUCAGACAAACAGACGCCUCUUUCGGCCGGCUCUUCCUUCCGCUUCUGGAAACUCGCGCCUGAUUCGGUAGAGGGGGUGAAAGCUUAA